UCCCAAAGUAACUGCUUCUGACCAGUAGUGACCAACGGCCAGCCAUCCAACGAGACCCACGAUGAUCCAACGACCACUCAUUCAUCUCCAUCCAUUUCUCCCGUGACCGUAUCCGUUGUUUCUGUCCGCCGUGGCACUGCCUGAAGCAGCGGCGGGGGAAGUCGUCGGAGCUGAUGCCUCUUCAUCGUUAUCUACAAUUGGGGUUUCUCCUCCUGAAUUUCCACCACCGGCAAUGAUGUUGGUCAGGAAGAGUACUUGCUGCUGCUCAUGCCUCGUCUUCUCGCACUCCCCUCUUCUCCCUAGGAUUAGGAGGAGGCUCUCCGUCUCCUCCUCCCUUGUCGCCUCCACUCCCAACCUAAUCGCCGUCGCGGCAGCUUCCUCCGCCACUUCUUCCACCCUCCAUGGCGCCGUCUCCUCCGCCAUCACCCAAGUCGCCUUCACCGCACUCGCCAUCGCCUCCGGAGCUUGCCUCUCCACUAAGGUCGACUUCUUGUGGCCGAAACUCCAAGACCUUCCCUUCGAGUCUUUUGCCGUGGAAGGAGUGGAUGUGAGCGGCUGUUCCAUCUUCAGCGAUUCCCAGGUGCAAAAGGCUAUUGCAUUCGCUAAAGCAGCUCACCAUGGUCAAUUCCGUAGAACUGGGGAUCCUUACUUGGCUCACUGCAUCCAUACCGCCAGAAUCUUGGCCCUGUUGGUUCCUUCAGCCGGCAAACGGGCCACUGACACAGUGGUCGCUGGGAUUCUCCAUGAUGUUGUGGACGACACUCAUGAAACUUUGAAUCGAAUUGAACAAGAGUUUGGUGUUGAAGUUGCCAGGUUGGUUGCCGGUGUUUCCAGGUUAAGCUACAUCAAUCAGCUACUGAGGCGACACCGCAGGAUACAUGUUAAUCAGGCCACUCUUGGCCAGGAUGAGGCUAAUAAUCUGCGAGUUAUGCUCUUGGGAAUGGUUGAUGAUCCACGGGUGGUGCUAAUCAAGCUUGCAGACCGCCUUCAUAACAUGAGAACCAUUUAUGCCCUCCCAACGCCAAAGGCUCAAGCUGUAGCUCAAGAAACAUUACUUGUUUGGUGCUCGCUCGCUUCUAGGUUGGGUUUAUGGGCAUUAAAAGCAGAACUGGAAGAUCUAUGCUUUGCAGUUCUUCAGCCACAAUUGUUUCAAAAGAUGCGGGCUGAUCUGGGUUCUAUGUGGAGUCCCACUACCAGAGAUCUAUCUGUAAGAAGAUCGAUAAGAGGUGCUUUACUUACUUCAGUUGGAAGAGGAUCUGGGGCCAUAGAAGAAGAGGAAGAUACCUUGUCUGUCAAGUUACAAAAUAAUAGUCAUAAAUUUGAUCCAUCUAAUACCACUAAACGAUCAAGCAAAAGUGUCUACUUCCCCUUGUUGCAGGAUCUUUUGGAAGCUGUAGUGCCCUUUGAUAUCUUGUCAGAUCGAAGAAAACGAGCCAUAUUUCUUGAAAGCUUGAAAAAUACAAAUGAGGCUCCAAAAAGACCAAAAGUUGUGUUGGAUGCUGGAAUCGCCUUAGCAUCUCUUGUUACUUGUGAGGAAGCACUUGAGAGGGAGCUGCUCAUCUCAACCUCUUACGUUCCAGGCAUGGAAGUAUCCUUAUCUAGUCGGCUAAAGAGUUUGUACAGCAUUUACAGCAAGAUGAAAAGAAAGGAGGUUGGCAUUAGCAAAGUAUAUGAUUCCCGCGCACUAAGGGUUGUGGUUGGUGAUAAGAAGGGAACUUUGAGGGGACCUGCAAUUCAAUCUUGCUACACUUUACUUGAAGUUGUUCAUAGACUAUGGACCCCAGUCGAUGGCGAAUUUGAUGAUUACAUUAUUAACCCAAAGCCUAGUGGCUAUCAGUCGCUCCAUACUGCCGUGCAAGGCCCUGAUGGUGCACCAUUGGAAGUUCAAAUCAGAACACAGAAAAUGCAUGACUACGCUGAGCAUGGGCUUGCUGCACACUGGCUCUAUAAAGAAGCCGAAAACAAGUUGCCUUCUUUCAGCAGCAUGGAUGAAUCUGAAGUAGAAGCAAGCUACUACUUCUCCAAAAGUAAUGGGGAUGGAAACUACGAGGAGAGUCAAUUUCAAAAGUACAGAUUCCUAAGAGUGGGGCAUCCAGUCCUUAGAGUACAAGGAAGCCACCUGCUUGCUGCUGUUAUAAUAAGAAUUGACGAAGGUGGGAAAGAACUGCUAGUCGCUGUGAACUCUGGGCUGGCUGCGUCUGAGACAGUGGCUGACAGAAAAUCUUCCUGCCAAGUAAAGCGAUGGGAGUCCUACGCCAGACUUUACAAGAAAGUCACAGACGAGUGGUGGUGCGAGCCGGGACAUGGGGAUUGGUGCACAUUCCUUGAGAAGUUUAUACUUUGUCGGGAUGGUAUGUACCACAAGCAAGACCAAUUCGAAAGGAUGCUGCCAACAUUCAUCCAGGUGAUCGAGCUGACGGAGGAAGAGGAAAGUGAGUACUGGGAUGUGGUUGCAGCUGUGUUUGAAGGGAAGCCAGUUGAUGAAAUCAUUGCAGGUAAGCCAAUCGGAUACUCAGCUGCGGUAUCAUCCACUACUCCAAUGGAAGCUGCCAGCAUUAACAACAAGGUACGACUUCUGAGGGCAAUGCUGGGAUGGGAGGAGCAGCUGCGCAGCAACAGCAGCGGGGGCAGCAGUGAUGGCAUGUCGUUGAAUGACAGAUCGUUGUCAUCAUCAUCUGCAACGACAGUGGUUCUGGGGGAAGUGGUGGUGAUAUGUUGGCCGCAUGGCGACAUAAUGAGGCUAAGGAACGGGAGCACCGCUGGCGAUGCGGCUCGCAGAGUUGGACUUGAAGGCAGGGUGGUGGCAGUCAAUGGUCACCUGGUGAUCCCCAGCACGCCCCUCAAGGAUGGGGAUGUGGUUGAGGUCCGACUUUAG